AUUAUUGGAACCGAGACUUUAACGCCGGGGAAACUUAAACGAUUGGGACAUCUACUGGAUCGAAAAGCAAACACAGUCAACGUCAAUUACCAAGUACAAUCCCCACAUAGUAUACAUAUACGCUGGCAGAUAUAUCAAGGUCAACUGUCUCCGUUACGCGCAGAUUAUGAAAUAUCAACCUCGCGUGGAGAGUUUACAAUUUACGAUAGAGACGUCAGCAUUUGGUGCACGGUUGACGUUCCGUUCAUGGUCUCUGUAUGCGAACAACUUGGCAGACCAAAGGCAUUUAGGCCUGGUGGGUUUCUCGCCAUAAAAUGCUUCACAAAAUCGGACAAUAUUAUCCAUUUGCUCGAUUUUGAGAUUAUAGACGGAUAUUUAGUAAAUUAUAUCUUCUCUGUUACGCCGAUUACACCUGAAAAUUUUCGAAUAACCGAAACGGUCAUGGGCAUCCAAUUCGUUACCUUGAAAGAAAUAGUGGCACGCAAAUUUUCGGUUUCAGGCGUCGUAGUUUCCGAUAACAUCUAUGUUUGUCGUGAAGAUCUCAACAACACGUAUUCAUAUAAAAAGACACUACUCUUCAAUCAGUUACAUACGAAAACUGUUUUAUUUGUGGGUGAAGACUGCUUGGAUUCAGCUAUUGACAAAGGAGCAGACAUUAAGGUGUUGGGUUUUCAAUGUAUCGACUACAAGAUUGAUUUUUACGUCAUGGAUUUAAUCAAAGACAUAUAUGUAAUGGCUCACAUUGGUCAAACGAUAAUUCCCGCUUCCUGCUCUCAUUUGUUGAUGAGAUGGAAAUGCUCUGCACGGUCAAAUUACUAUAAAGAACAGACAUCGGUUUGGCCUGGAAAACAACUGGCCGAGUCUGCGACACACACUUUAAGAAAUCAAUCCGCCAAAUCCCGCUUAGUAAAAGCGGAAAAUAGGGAAAUCCAAAAACGGCGAUAUAAUUUUGAUGUCUAUCCAGGUGGGUCCCGGCACCCUCGAAAUGCCCAGAACCAUGAGAACAGAAUUAUCCACAAUAAGGUGCCUGGCGUGUUGGUGCUGGUCACUGGCAUUAAUGACUUCCAACCCGUAAUAUGGGAUGCCGUUCAGUUAGAGUAG